GUGAUUUCAGGAACUCCUUCAAAACUGAUAACCAGAAAGAAACCUUCUUAUCUUAACUCUAUUCACGUUUUCUUUAAAAAAAAAAAAAAUGAACAGGACUCAGCUCAAACGCUCCAGAAUUUUGAAAAUGGCUCUUACUGGUUCUGAUUCCAUGGACCAGGGGGAGGGAAAGUUCGAGUCUUUCCUGAUGAAAGCGAUCAAAAUAACAGUCGUGGUGGCGCUGUAUUGGUUCAUUUCAAUUAGUAUGGUCUUUCUCAAUAAAUACCUGCUGGACAGCCCUGCCUUAAACCUGGACGCGCCUCUUUUUGUGACAUUUUACCAGUGCUUUGUGACCGUGAUUCUGUGCUGGUGCAUAAGCCUGUUCGCCAGGUUCUGCCCGGGUUAUGUGGAAUUCCCAUCGGUCAGGUUUGACCGCAAGAUUUCGAGGGGGGUGCUGCCUUUGUCCAUUGUUUUCAUCGGCAUGAUCACGUUCAAUAACCUGUGCCUGAAAUAUGUAGGGGUGGCCUUUUACAACGUCGGGAGAUCCCUGACCACUGUCUUCAAUGUCUUGAUGUCCUACCUGGUUUUAAAGCAGACCACAUCGUUCAGCGCAUUGCUGUGCUGUGCGAUGAUUGUAGGAGGCUUCUGGCUGGGAGUGGAUCAAGAAGGGGCCGGGGGAUCACUGUCCUGGUCUGGGAUACUGUUUGGUGUACUAGCAAGUCUGUGUGUGUCACUCAACGCUAUCUUUACCAAGAAAGUAAUACCUGUUGUGGAUGGCAGUAUAUGGAGGCUGACCUACUAUAACAACAUCAAUGCUUGUGUCCUCUUUAUUCCUCUCAUCGCCCUCCUGGGGGAGUUCCAAACACUCUUCUAUUUCGACAAGCUGGACAGCUUGCAUUUCUGGGGUAUGAUGACGAUGGGCGGGGUCUUUGGGUUCGCUAUAGGAUACGUUACUGGUCUUCAGAUCAAAUUCACAAGUCCUCUGACUCAUAACGUUUCAGGCACUGCCAAAGCCUGUGUUCAGACAGUCCUUGCUCUGAGCUACUAUGACAGUAUCAAAGGUGUUUUGUGGUGGACCAGUAACUUGAUGGUGCUGGGUGGCUCUUUCGCUUACACCUGGGUUAAAGGAAUGGAGAUGAAGAAGUCCCAGGAAGAACCACAGACCAAAACUCUAACUUCUAAAAAUGACUCUGGUGUAUAGAGGAACCCUAGUUAAACAUUGGGGCCCUCUGAUAAUGACAUGAGCCUACCAGGCCCCUCCAUUGUCUUUUCGUGGGGGUUAAUAAUGGCACAGUGUACUGCAAAGAGACAUGACAAGAUAUGUCUGCCAUUCUUAUGAGUUGAUGCUUUAAGUAAGUUUACUUUUUCUCGUUUCUGAAGUCAGUAAUGUGGAUAGAGAGGGUUUGGCUGUUCAAUUAUUUUUUCAAAAAGAAAAGAACAGCGUGCAAUGUGUGACUCAGCCUUUUACUUAGUCACUACGAUCUAUUUCGACUGAACACCAGCCGGAGAUAUAAAGAAGGGUUCCAGUGUUUGUGUGUUGUCUGCAAUGGGCAACGUAUAACACCUGUACUGUUUUAAAUAGUCUGAAUAUCACAUAGUAGGCCUAUAUUUAAAUUGGAAGGUUUUUCUUGAAACCACCUUGUGCUCAACUAAGUAAUGGAACUAUUGUAAAGGAAAUAUAUUUUAUUUUAUCCUUAAAUUCUGCAAGAAUGUAACCAUAUGUGUCAUCUAAGCAUUUGAUAUGCUAUCAGCACCGUUAACGAGGUUAUGUCUCAUCAGUGCAAAUUAAGUGGUGCGAAGUUAAAUUUCGGUAAAUAACAAAUCACCUGAAAAUGAAAGCUAAUUCCAGCAGUGGUACGGCUUCAUUUUAACUGAUUC